AGAGAACACGCGCGCACACACACUCUGGGAGCAGGAACAUCUUCCCUAGCUUCGCGGGUUUCUCCUCCCACCAGAGCAGUGUGUGAGAGGAAAUCUCGGGGCUUUGCUCUAUCGAAAGUGCUCGGCUGGGUGAUUUCUGAGCACCACCCUCCAGAAGUGCUGGCGUCCGGAUGCAUUUUCCUUUGCUUUGCAAAGAAGAGUCGUGAACUUCAAAACCCUCCGAGACGGAUUAUUAAUCCUGCUUUGCAGGAAAGGAAAAUCCUCCAUCCUCGGCCACCGGCCUCCCCUCUCCGGAGACCCUGCUAUCGCCCAGGCUCUCCGAGCCGGAAGGGGACGCUUUGGGAAUGACCAUGCUCCACGGAGGGACAGAGCCGGCCCCCUUCUCUACACAGAGCCUCCUCCACUAAAGCUCCAAAAAUCAAAAACCGUAAUUGCCAGAAGAAUCAUUAAAAAAAAAAAUAGUCCAGCCACUAACCUCACAUGCAAACGGAAUAUCACUCGGGAUUCUGCAUUGUGAGCUGCUCUCCAUACCCUGAAUUACCUUUGAAGUCCAUCUUUUUUUUUUUUCGUUGAAUUUGCAUCUCUUCAAGACACAAGAUUAAGACAAAAUUCACGCUAAAUUGGAUUUUAAAUGAUCUUCCUUUUAUUUAUCCUUCGUCUUUCUUAUGUGGAUAUGCAAGCGAGAAGACACGACUGGAUAUACCCAACAUGCUCACUCCCUUAAUCUGUCUGUCUAGAGGUUUGGCUUCUACAAACCAAGGGAGUCGACGAGUUGAAGAUGAAGCCCAGAGCAGAGUGCUGUUCCCCCAGGUUCUGGUUGGUGCUGGCUGUCCUGGCCGUGUCAGGCAGCAGAGCUCGGUCUCAGAAGAGCCCGCCCAGCAUUGGCAUUGCCGUCAUCCUCGUGGGCACUUCAGACGAGGUGGCCAUCAAGGAUGCCCACGAGAAAGAUGAUUUCCACCAUCUCUCUGUGGUGCCCCGUGUGGAGCUGGUAGCCAUGAAUGAGACGGACCCAAAGAGCAUCAUAACCCGCAUCUGUGAUCUCAUGUCUGACCGGAAGAUCCAGGGCGUGGUGUUUGCUGACGACACAGACCAGGAAGCCAUCGCCCAGAUCCUUGACUUCAUUUCAGCCCAGACUCUCACCCCCAUCCUGGGUAUCCACGGGGGCUCCUCGAUGAUAAUGGCAGACAAGGAUGAGUCCUCAAUGUUCUUCCAGUUCGGCCCAUCGAUUGAACAACAAGCUUCCGUGAUGCUCAAUAUCAUGGAGGAGUAUGACUGGUACAUCUUCUCUAUCGUCACCACCUACUUCCCUGGCUACCAGGACUUUGUAAACAAGAUUCGCAGCACCAUCGAGAAUAGCUUCGUGGGCUGGGAGUUAGAGGAAGUCCUCCUGCUGGACAUGUCCCUGGAUGAUGGAGAUUCUAAGAUCCAGAACCAGCUCAAGAAACUUCAAAGCCCCAUCAUUCUUCUUUAUUGUACUAAGGAAGAAGCCACCUACAUCUUCGAAGUGGCUAACUCAGUAGGGCUGACUGGCUACGGCUACACGUGGAUUGUGCCUAGUCUGGUGGCAGGGGACACAGACACAGUGCCCUCGGAGUUCCCCACCGGGCUCAUCUCUGUGUCCUAUGAUGAAUGGGACUAUGGCCUCCCUGCCAGAGUGAGGGAUGGAAUCGCCAUCAUCACCACCGCCGCUUCCGACAUGCUUUCCGAACACAGCUUCAUCCCCGAGCCCAAGAGCAGCUGUUACAACACCCACGAGAAGAGAAUCUACCAGUCCAAUAUGCUGAACAGGUAUCUGAUCAAUGUGACUUUUGAAGGGAGAAAUCUGUCCUUCAGUGAAGACGGCUACCAGAUGCACCCGAAACUGGUGAUCAUACUUCUGAACAAGGAGAGGAAGUGGGAGAGGGUGGGCAAGUGGAAAGACAAGUCUCUGCAAAUGAAGUACUACGUGUGGCCCCGAAUGUGUCCUGAGACGGAAGAGCAGGAAGAUGACCAUCUGAGCAUCGUAACGCUGGAGGAGGCCCCAUUCGUCAUUGUGGAAAGCGUGGACCCCCUGAGUGGAACUUGCAUGAGGAACACGGUGCCCUGUCAGAAGCGCAUCAUCUCUGAAAAUAAAACAGACGAGGAGCCAGGUUACAUCAAAAAAUGCUGCAAGGGCUUCUGUAUUGACAUCCUUAAGAAAAUUUCUAAAUCUGUGAAGUUCACCUAUGAUCUUUAUCUGGUGACCAAUGGCAAGCAUGGGAAGAAAAUCAAUGGAACCUGGAAUGGUAUGAUUGGAGAGGUGGUCAUGAAGAGGGCCUACAUGGCAGUGGGGUCGCUGACCAUCAACGAGGAGCGAUCGGAGGUGGUCGACUUCUCCGUGCCCUUCAUAGAGACUGGCAUCAGUGUCAUGGUGUCACGCAGCAAUGGGACCGUCUCACCUUCUGCCUUCUUAGAGCCCUUCAGCGCCGACGUGUGGGUCAUGAUGUUCGUGAUGUUACUCAUCGUCUCCGCCGUGGCCGUCUUCGUCUUCGAGUACUUUAGCCCUGUGGGUUACAACAGGUGCCUCGCCGAUGGCAGAGAGCCAGGUGGCCCAUCUUUCACCAUCGGCAAAGCUAUUUGGUUACUGUGGGGUCUGGUGUUUAACAACUCCGUCCCGGUGCAGAACCCAAAGGGGACCACCUCCAAGAUCAUGGUGUCGGUGUGGGCCUUCUUUGCUGUCAUCUUCCUGGCCAGCUACACUGCCAACUUAGCUGCCUUCAUGAUCCAAGAGGAGUAUGUGGACCAGGUUUCCGGCCUGAGUGACAAAAAGUUCCAGAGACCUAAUGACUUCUCACCCCCUUUCCGCUUUGGCACUGUGCCCAACGGCAGCACGGAGAGGAACAUUCGCAACAACUAUGCGGAAAUGCACGCCUACAUGGGGAAGUUCAACCAGAGGGGCGUGGACGAUGCACUGCUCUCCCUGAAAACAGGGAAACUGGAUGCCUUCAUCUACGAUGCAGCAGUGCUGAACUACAUGGCAGGCAGAGACGAAGGCUGCAAGCUGGUGACCAUUGGCAGCGGGAAGGUCUUUGCUUCCACUGGUUAUGGCAUUGCCAUCCAAAAGGAUUCUGGAUGGAAGCGCCAGGUGGACCUUGCUAUCCUGCAGCUCUUCGGAGAUGGGGAGAUGGAGGAGCUGGAAGCUCUGUGGCUCACGGGCAUCUGCCACAAUGAGAAGAACGAGGUCAUGAGCAGCCAGCUGGACAUUGACAACAUGGCGGGCGUCUUCUACAUGCUGGGGGCCGCCAUGGCUCUCAGCCUCAUCACCUUCAUUUGCGAACACCUCUUCUAUUGGCAGUUCAGGCACUGCUUUAUGGGUGUGUGUUCUGGCAAGCCUGGCAUGGUCUUCUCCAUCAGCAGAGGUAUCUACAGCUGCAUCCACGGGGUGGCCAUCGAGGAGCGCCAAUCCGUGAUGAAUUCCCCCACCGCAACCAUGAACAACACACACUCCAACAUCCUGCGUCUUCUCCGCACGGCCAAGAACAUGGCCAACCUGUCCGGCGUGAACGGCUCCCCACAGAGCGCCCUGGACUUCAUCCGCCGCGAGUCGUCCGUCUACGACAUCUCCGAGCACCGCCGCAGCUUCACGCACUCUGACUGCAAAUCCUACAACAACCCGCCCUGCGAGGAGAACCUCUUCAGCGACUACAUCAGCGAGGUGGAGAGGACUUUCGGCAACCUGCAGCUGAAGGACAGCAACGCGUACCAGGACCCCCACCACCGGCCGCACAGCAUCGGCAGCACCAGCUCCAUCGACGGGCUCUAUGACUGCGACAACCCGCCCUUCACCACGCAGCCCAGGUCCCUCGGCAAGAAGCCCCUGGACAUCGGCCUCCCCUCCUCCAAGCACAGCCAGCUCAGCGACCUGUACGGCAAGUUCUCGUUCAAGAGCGACCGCUACGGCGGCCACGACGACCUUAUCCGCUCCGACGUGUCGGACAUCUCCACGCAUACGGUCACCUACGGCAACAUCGAGGGCAACGCGGCCAAGAGGCGGAAGCAGCAGUACAAGGACAGCCUGAAGAAGCGGCCGGCCUCGGCCAAGUCCCGCCGUGAGUUCGACGAGAUCGAGCUGGCCUACCGCCGCCGGCCGCCCCGCUCCCCCGACCACAAGCGCUACUUCAGGGACAAGGAGGGGCUGCGGGACUUCUACCUGGACCAGUUCCGCACCAAGGAGACCUCGCCGCACUGGGAGCACGUGGACCUGACCGACAUCUACAAGGAGCGCGGCGAGGACUUCAAGCGCGACUCGGUGGGCGGAGGAGGGCCCUGCACCAACCGGUCGCACCUCAAGCACGGGCCGGCUGACAAGCACGGCGGAGUCGGUGGGGUCCCGGCCCCCUGGGAGAAGAACCUGACCAGCGUGGACUGGGAGGAACGCUCCGGGGGUAACUUCUGCCGCAGCUGCCCGUCCAAGCUGCACAACUACUCAAGCGCGGUGCCCGGGCAGAACUCGGGCCGGCAGGCGUGCAUCCGCUGCGAGGCGUGCAAGAAGGCCGGCAAGCUGUACGACAUCAGCGAGGACAGCUCCCUGCAGGAGCUGGAGCAGCCGGCCGCCCCGGUGGCCAUGCCGUCCAGCGCGCCCGCCGCCAAGUACCCCCAGAGCCCGACCAACUCCAAGGCGCAGAAGAAGACCCGGAACAAGCUGCGGCGCCAGCACUCCUACGACACCUUCGUGGACCUGCAGAAGGAGGAGGCCGCCCUGGCCCCGCGCAGCGUGAGCCUGAAAGACAAGGGCCGCUUCCUGGACGGCAGUCCCUACGCGCACAUGUUUGAGAUGCCGGCGGGCGAGAGCGCUUUCGGCAACGGCAAGGCGGCGGCGCCGGCCGCGGGACAUCACCACCACGGCAACCAUGGCAACCCCGGCAGCGGCGGCGGCGGCGGCAGCGGCGGCAGCGGCAGCGGCGGCGGCGGCGGCAGCUACAUGCUCAGCAAGUCGCUCUACCCCGACCGGGUCACGCAGAACCCUUUCAUCCCCACUUUCGGGGACGACCAGUGCUUGCUCCACGGCAGCAAAUCCUACUUCUUCAGGCAGCCCACGGUGGCAGGGGUGCCGAAGGCCAGGCCGGACUUCCGUGCCCUUGUCACCAACAAGCCGGUGGUGUCGGCCCUGCACGGGGCUGUACCAGGCCGUUUCCAGAAAGACAUCUGUAUAGGGAACCAGUCCAACCCCUGUGUGCCUAACAACAAAAACCCCAGGGCUUUCAAUGGCUCCAGCAAUGGGCAUGUGUAUGAGAAACUGUCUAGUAUUGAGUCUGAUGUCUGAGUGAGGGAAGAGAGAGGCGAAGGUGGGUACGGGAGGGUCGGGGCUGUGGACGUGUGGUGCGCAUGUCACAGAGGGUGACGGGGGUGAACUUGGUUCCCAUUUGCUCCUUUCUUGUCGUUUUCAUUUAUUUAUGGGAUCCUGGAGUUCUGAUUCCUUCUGAGGGCGACCCUGGUGACCAGAACCAUCUCUGCUCCCUUUCCAGUCCCCUCCUCCUUCCCGGUCUGUCCAUCCUUCCAGUUCCCAGUUCCCGCGAGAGGAUACGGUGGGCUCGCUCAGCCGGCGAGGGCGGAGUGGUUGAAGGAAGUGGCCCCACACGAGCUUCCUCCUAGCGUGGAAGGACUCUUUGCCACGCACUUCGAGGGAAGCACGGAGAAGCGGGAGGAGGCCGCGGGAGCGCAGGAUAGCUCUCCCCGAACUGACCUUUACGUUUAGGUGAGGAAGCACAGCGCCCCAAUAAGCGCCUUUAGCAUUACUGCCUGUGAAUGAACAGAGGCUUUUGCUAAAUUCUUGUUGCUUAGAUGGCGUGUGUUUGGGGAUCGUACGCCAGGCAGAGGGUGGGAAGCCACGUGUGUUUCUAUAUAAGCCAAAAAAAAAAAAAGUUUGCUUCAAUUCCAUGAGACUUAGCUGGUAGUGAACUGGAAUGAAAGGUCAUUGACGGAUGAUGGAAAGUACAUCAGAGCAGUGUUUCAUGGUGCAUUAGAGGCAAGGAAGGAGGGACUGUGUGUGCAUGUGUGUCUAUAUACACUUGCACACGUGUUGUCUGUACACGCCUGUCAUCAGGCCUUUUCAUGCGGAGAAGGCAACCUUGCCUCAUGAUGUUGUUUCUUUCAACAAGCACCGGGCUUGUUUUGGCUUAUAUACAAACAGAGAGGGGCCUGUGUUACCUGAAUUUUGGCUGUCUCUCCCCUUGACCCUUCCCAAAUGAAAAGAAUGGAAGUUCUUGACGGAGAAGUUCCUGUGGUCUAGACAAAAACGUGGGUGAACAGUCCUACAAGGGCAACGUACAAAAAUAAUUCCUCCGUGGUUGCCAAUACAUUCCACCAGUUUUGGCCAAGAACUUUCCAGGAAGGCUAAAGGGAAGUAGAAGCAGCCAGGAUUCUUUUGGCCCGUACGUGAGGGCAGAAGAUUGUACAAAGCUCGUCUGAGCUUUUUGGACCCUCCUCUGGCCAGUUUGUGGGGAGGAGCUAAGUAAGGCUUUGAAGGACAGGGGGGUCAUUUGUGGUCGGGUAAGUGAGAGAGGGGGAUGUUUUCAAUGCUUUGAUCCCUUCUUACUUAACCUGGAGCUAGGAGAGCAGGCUUGUUACCCCCCUGAAUUGGCCACAACCGAUACGGCACAGCCAGUGAAGAGGCACGAGCUCGCUCCACGAGUACAGCUCGGGAAACAGUGGAGGGAAGGGAAGAGGUUCGGAAGCGGGGAUGGGAGGCGAGAAGGGACUCCCCCGCUACCCCAUUGGGUCUGGCUCCCUGAGGAUGUGACGCUGAACCCAGUGUGGACACUCUCUGUAGAAACCCCUCCACCUUCCUGCAACACCUCCUUCCCCUCCCAGAUAAAGAAUAAAGAAUAAUAUAUAUAUAUAUAGAUAGAUGAGGGCACUGGCAGAUGUGAUACCCCCUUCACUCAGAGUUGGAAACUUGAGAAGGGAAACGAAUACUUGUCACUGCCAGUCCUGAAACUUGGGGUAGGCGUGUUCCGUGGGUCAGUUCCACUGUCCUGCCAUCGUCCCCUUACCCAGGGUGGCAGCCAAAGAGCCAGGUCCGUUUGGAGGCUUGGCUGCAGGGUCUCCGUGUCGCACACAGGACACAUAAACCAGAAAGGUGCUCAUCCUCCUCUGGAAGGAAGCUGCCAUGUCUCUUCAGGUCCCACCCGCCCCAACUCACCGCCCUUCCUCACCCCCCAGCCCUUGACUGCCGCCCCCGCUCUCCUCCUUGAUUCUUACCUCAGUAUCUUUCAUUUUCAAGCCAACCGAAGGCCUUGUAAAGCUUUGUUUUCUUUCUAAAACAAACCUGGGGGCAAGGGGCUGAACCUCUCACAGAUUUGGAGAGAGGAGCACGGAGUGCUUUACCUUAGAUUCAAGGAAGGACCUUGGAGAGAGAGGACAGAGGGCGUGAGACAUCUCCAGGAGGAAGAAGGCGAAGGGCCGUCAAGCAUUCUUUGCCCCGACUCUGUCCCAGGUCAGGGGCUCGUCCCUCACUCUUCCUCUUACCUCAUCCCUUUCAAAUAAAAAGAAACCAAACCAACUAACCUAGCGAACAGCAAUCUAGAACAAAGGGGGCUCUGGCGUCUCCGCUGGUGACAGAAAUCAAGAUGGUGUUUAUUUCAUAUGUAAAUAUUUUGUUUUCUAAUUAAUUUUGUAUAGAUAAAGUGUUCUCUCGUGAGUAUUCAGGGUGUUGGCCGGAGGGAGCGGGGUCGGGAUGGGAAUGAAGGGGGAAGAAGUGUUUUGUUACGGGCUUUCGUUUUCCAUUUCGGGGGAAUUGUUUUGUAUGGCUUUCGUUUCGGGGUGUCCGGAGAACAGUGAAGGGGAAUGGAGGCCACCGUGGUGACUAAGCCAGGGAAGGGCUGCGUGUUCCACCUCCCACCUCACCAGUCUUCUCGUUGGCCUGCGAGAAGUAGUCAUGCCUGUCGGCCUGGGCAAACCGCAGGCCCAGCUCCUAUCUUCCAGGGAGACCGUAGAUCACCAGCAUCUGUGCAAAGUCAAGCUGGUGGCGUCAUAUCUUCCCUGUCGGCACCGAGGGUGGGAAAGAUUCCCCAAAGGGCUUAAACCAGAAUUGAGGUCAAAUCAACCGUAAGCUGAGCUUCAGGAGACUCAGUCUUAAGAAAUCUCCCCACAGCCCCCUCUCAUGUUUAACAAGCACCUCAGUCACUCGGACUCUUUUCUUCCUACUACCUGGGCUCCAGCCCUCUCCGCGACCCCCUCCAUUCCUCUGCAAGCACGCCCAGAAACUUCCCACGAGGUCUCCUUUCUUGAAGCACGUGCUAUCUGGUUACAGGGAGGUAGCCCUGGAUGCGUGUCUUACAAAUGAGCGUGCUUUUCCAGAAAAGCUUACCGGCUCUACUCAAAGCUCAGCGGGCAGAGGGUUCUCUUAGGAAGGUCUCGGAAGUUGGGUUUAGCGGUAGAAGGGUGAGCACAGGAGGGACAGCGCCAGUAGUGACUUUAUAUUCGCCUUGUCCUUGCUUCUGCUGUCAGGAAGGUGCUAUUUGCCUCGAGCCAGGUAUUCAGAACCCGACCUGGGGUUAACCAGACAAGUAGAAUUUCUUUCACUGGACCCUUGGCUUUGUGAAGGGUGGCAGCCUCUCUCUCUCUUUACCACCAGAUGACAUUUCCAAAUCCAUUUAGCUGAGAUAUUACAUUACAUCUUUUGUCCUAUCCUGCCAUCAUCAAGAGCUGUCAGCUGGGUAAUUCCAUUUCUCUAAACCCCUCUUUGGCCCCCGUUGGUCACUUCUCUUCAACUGAAUGUAUGAAUUGAGACCAAAUAAGAUAUUCAUGGCCUGCUCAAGAAAGCUUAAAGAAAGGAAGGCUGAGCCAGGCCAAGUUCUAGAUGUUAACUUCAUUGCAAAAGAAGAAGCCAGGAAAAAUGCAUGAGGAUGAAUGCAGCUCUCAGCCCCAUCUCUUCCACAGAUGGGUCUGGACAAAGACACAGUCUGUCCAAACUGUGACGUUCCACAGACACCCUUGGGAGCGCUAAUGGUUCCGACUUUCUUCGGAGUCCGUGCUUUCUAUCUUUCGUGUCCUCUAAUCAUUCCCUUCCACUGUGGAAGUGAGUCGCUGGGUGUGGUCCUAUAUCACUCCUUUCGGUGGCCAUGCUUAAAUCUCAGCAUUUCUACCAACUUCAGGUAAUCUGACCCUUGAACUUGCCUGAGUCAAGAGUGUGCACACCCUUCAGAGUGACGCAUGUACAGUGGAUCUUGUAAUUUCAAAGUAUGUCACUGUGUUUCUUCAGCCAGAACGUGGGAAACGGCCUUGGUACGGAUUCCCCUCUGCUGGCCACAGCCAUAUUGUGACUGAGGGAGAAAAAAAUCCCAAAUGAUUCCAUUCAAUGUCGGUGGUGUCAGUCGUGCCAAAACGCAUGUGUAAUGUGAUAAAAUAGGAGUCGUCUAGAAAAUUAAGGGAAUAUCACCCGCCCAGUCUUCCAUGGCCAUCAGAAGUUGCCCAAGGGUGAAUUCUCUGCAUGGGAGGUGAAGAAACUGUGUUACCAAAACGCAGCGUGCUGGUCACCUGCACAUCUCAUUUAAGAGCUAGGGUUUCUUGGUGUUUUUUGUUUGUUGUUUGUUUUUUGGUUUGGUUUUUACUUAGUUCAAGGUUUAGGGACAGCAUAACCAGAUUGUCUGGGCAAUAACCUUUGGAAAAAGCUAUUCCAGAACUCACUUUAUUCUUUUAAUUCCCAUCUCUUUCAAAAAGCCCUGUCUCUGCUUGACAGCCUGUGUGUGUCUGUUUGGUGUGUUAGGAAUGAUUCAGAUGUGUGCAUAAAUGAUGCAGCUGCAGUGCUAAGGAUGAACGCAUUAGGCAUUUCUAGAUAUUGUGGCCAUACCUUCUGUGCUCUCUGAGCCCAAAGCCAUACAAGGAAUGUGUGCUCAGUAGACUCUGCCAGGUACUUUGGUGGAGUGUUUCAUUCUUGAGUGUCAAGAGAUUCUCCUUCCUGUCUAAGGAACUCUGUAUGGGUGAGAAGCAGCUCAAGGCAGACAGUUACCCUGGAAUGAGUCUGGACUUAAAAAUGGCAUAUGGUCCAUGGUGUGGCUUCAGAGGUCCUGAGAAGACCUUUCCUUUUCAUUCCCCACCUCACUCCAACUACUGGCUUCCCACACAGAACUAUUCCUUUAGCCCCGAGCUGCUCAUCUGUCAUUUAAAUGAAAGUCAUCCCCGGAAGGGUGCCGUAUUCAGCCAUAUUAGAAGCUUAGACGUUGAAACACCUAGCUUACGUUAGGGUUCUCAUUUCUUUUCCUGGAAAUAAAGUAACAGUACAGGAGAAGAGGGAGAGCGCAAAGAAUGCUAAGGGUGACAGAGGAGGGAGGAAAGACACAGGUUCUAGGGUGUAAAGACGUUCAAAACAUCUCAUCCUUCUCCUGCUUUUAUGAAGGCUCGUGUGACACAGGACUAGGACUCCCAGCUGGGAAUUAUUUUCAUUAAGCAGCCACAUGAGUGUGUAGUUUAUGAAUUUCUAACAUCUGUACCUUGUAGGACGGCUUAAGGGCUUUGACUCCUUCUGUAGAAAAUGGAACACUGAUGUUUCUCCUCUGGUGCAAGUUAACUGAGUAGACAACUGGAAAGAUCAAAUUAUGAUAAUAAAAAGUUACUGUCAUUGUCUGUCCUCUGUCCCAGUUCAAUUAAUCUUCCAGUGUAGCUGGGUCGUUCUAUGUUCUCCACUUCCCCACCUCCAUAGGGGGUCUCGGGUGAUCCCAGCACACACUGACGGAAGCUACUGGACUACCAGGUGCCACUUAACUGGUGGGCAGUUCUUUUUUAGACCUACCAGGUGUUUGGGACAACACUAAAAUGUAGAUUCGGCAGUCUGAGAACUUCUAAUCAUAGUUUAGUUCUAGGAUUCCAUUCUAGUUUGGGGGUUCCAGUACCGUAUAAAAUCCCAAGAGAUCUUCAUAUAUCCCCCCUCCAUCCCAUUCCAACCACACAGACUCAAUCACCACGCAGGGCUGCUGUGGGUCCUCUGACUUAAAGCAUAGAAACCUAUCUAUUCUCAUGGCAAAGAAUGCCCCCCAAAACCUUAAGUGAAAAUCAGUGCUCUUUCCGUGUCUUGGAGAGAUUAAUUAAGUUUGGGGCUUCUAACUUACAAUGCUGAAGCAAGGAGAAAGGAGAGAGAGUGACGGGUUCGGAUAGCAGCACUGGGAAUAAGUGGGCAGAGUUAGAAAUCAUCCAGGUUUCUCUGCCAGUGUGUCCAUUUGCAUCCAUCUCCGAGCCCAUCGCAGUGAGUUUCUGGCUCUGUUCUGUGCUUUACGACAGAAUUGCUGGUGUGAUUCUGAGGGUGAGGACUCCUAAUGAGAACUAAGGGUGGAAAACAGAGCGGAGGAGUAGAAUUCCCCAUAGCCUCGGGACUCUUGUGUGUAGAAUUCGUGUUUUGGCAAAGGUGAGAGAAAUGAAACUCACUGCAAGGAUUAAGGGUACAAUGAAAAAACACACCACUAAGCCCAUUAUAAAACUGUUAUUUUAAAGGUUUGGUCUCCUCAGUUUAAACCUGAACUCUCUUUUUCGUAAUUAACUUAGCGUUGUGAUUUAGGGGUAGAGCAGAUUCCAGUAAUAUGCAGGAGAAAAAAAUAAAAGCUCUAGUUAAAUGUGUUAGUUCAAUUAAACCAAUGUCUGCUGAACACAUGUCAUGCCUCUGGGCUAGUGCUGUGAAGAAGAUAAAAGAAUUUAAAAUGGAGUAUAUUAUACUCACAUAUAAUAUGCGAAUGCAAAAGCAUACAAUAUUUAAAUGUAUGUAUUAUGUAUGUAUAAAUAGGUGUGCAUAACUGGGUAGAUUUAUACAGGCAGGUUUAAUUUUUUCUGGCUCCAGGGUGUGAGUCAAAGAUAUUAUGCAUUAUAUUAUUUUAAAAACACUACAGAGAUUCACCUCUCCCCGUCGUGGCCUCGCCUGAAUCCUUCUUUUGGAAUUAUUCCGCCGCCCAGUGAGAUUCCCUCUCUGACCACGACCUGGCGUUUUCGGUAUCCUGUCUGCCUUCCUUCAGGGUCCCUCUGUUGUUCUGGUCCAUAAACCCCUCUGAUUUCAUUUACUUCCCUCCUUGGUCUCACCCUGUGAUCACCCAUAUCAACAACGCCCUCACCAGCAAUCUCUUCUUCCUCUCGCCUUCUCACCCCACCUACCUUGCUUUUCUAACUCUGUCUCCCAUUCUCCCAACAUCCACUCUAUCGCCAAGAACAGAAGGUCAAAACCUAUGCCAAAGAGCACAGAUUGGAUCCAUUUAAUCUCACCUAAACCCUACCCAGCUCAGAUAUCUUUUUUAUUCUCCAGUGUUGACUCCCUGUCACAUUCUCCAAGGGUUUGUUCAUUUGUUUUUUAUUUUCAUUUUCAUCUCAUCUCUUUCCUACUGAAUUACUAAGAAAAGACACCUGAUUUUGCAAAUUCUCACAUGACCUCUCCUCUCUACCUUUAAAUUUCUCCCAUCCUUCACUUAUCUUCGCCAUCCUCCCUCUCAACUCGGUGACCCUCUUCCCCGUACUCUGAUACCCUCCCCCAACCUCUUCUAUGGCGCUCCAGCCAGUAGCCCUUCAUUCUGUUGCAUCUUUAAUCCCUUCCACACAUCUGCCUACAACCAUCACUAAAAACAGUCCUCAGCCCUCCACCAUCUCCAAAAACAAGUCCUACAACAGCCCCUAAAUCCCAGUCUUCUCUCAGUCCAGUUAGACCCUUGAAUUCCUGUCCUAUCUCCAUUUCUUUUCUUCGCUUCCAAAUUUCUCAAAAGGGUCGCCUUUCUGUCUUCAUUUCCUCAGUUAAUGCUCAUGACUUACCCUUUAAAAUUGGGCUGCAUCCUGCCACUCUACUGAAACUACUCAGUGGCAGCAUUCCAAUGAACUCCUUGUUACAAGAUCCAGUAAUCUUUUUUUUUUUUUUUUAAGUUCUGCUCUUCGGCACCAUGAAUACUACCCUAGAUCCACUGCUGGGUAGCAGCACGUUCUGGUUUUGAUCCCAGCCCUCUGGUCCUCUCUCGCUGUUCCCUCACUGGUUCCUGCUGUCCAUCCUGCCCCCUCAGCAUCGACUUGCCAUGAUGUUCUGAGCUUGACGCUCUUCUCCUUUCCUCUGUGCUUCUGUGGCAAUAUUUCCAUUUUCCACAACUUCAGCGACUCGCUGGAUGAGGAUGAAUUCCAAAUCUUCACUCCUAUGGACCCAACUUUUCACUUCACCUUAAUGCACGUAUUUCCAGCCACUUCCUGGACAACUAACUUCAUGUUGAGUCAAAUAUCCAAUGGAAACCAACAUAAUCACCAAGGCCCCCCUUUGAUUAAUGGUACCGCGAUUCUUUCUGUCACCAAACUAAAGACUUUCAGCCACUUUUGCCUCCUUCAUUUCCCUCAUCCUGCACAUCUAAUCCUCUGGAAAGCCGUUAACUCAUACCUUGAAAGUUUCCAAGUCUUCUCAUUCAGGCCCUUCCCUCUAGUCUGGAUUAUUUGUGUCCUUUAGCCCUGUUCCAACAUUUUAUAUUUGAAUCUACUCUCAUCAGUAUCACUUGCUCAGUACAAAUUAAAUCAUGUCAUUUUCCAACUCAGAACAAAACAAACGACCCUUCGAUGGGCUGUAUUUGCCACAAUCCACCAGCAAGAAUAACUUCCUGCUGUUUGCCUGCGGCCCAGACAACAGGGGAGUCACAUUUUUGUCCCUUUCCUUUCCUGUACUAACUUGUUCUCCCACUUUUGUCUUUCCUUAAACUGCGCCCUUUGCCCCAAAUUCUCGCCUCCCCGAUCUCUCAUCUCAUUCCCUUCUUGCCUAAUAUCCAUCUUCCUCAAUACAAGUCUUCAAAGACCAGAACAUCUGGUCCAUCAUGUCCACUGUCUUCAUCUGCCAUCCCCCGCCACCCCAAAAAACCCCAUAUAUAUGCCUUUUGUGAAUGCUCAUAACACUUUAAUUUAAUCUGUCUAGUGGCAGCCACCGUGGACCAUCUUGUUUAUGGUUAUUUAGCUAUACAUCCAUCUCCCCUGCUAGAUUAUAAACUCCUUGUGGUCAGGGGUCAUGCAUUGAUUCAUCUUUUUAUCUCCUGUAGCACCUACCAGUGCAUCUUGUUUAUGGAAGGUACUGAAAAAUAUUUGAUGUUAUUAUAAAUUGUAAUUGAAAAGGAGUCACUUUAUUUUGCCCACAGGAUACUUGAAUCUGCAGUAAAACCUAAGGAUGAGUCCCUUCCCAUUUCUCUCUGUACAUCUGCUCCCAACAGUCACUGCAACACAGGACAUGUGUACAUUCUCAUGUAAAUUAUUAUUUCAGAUGGGAUUUGGAUUUUUCUGAGUUUUGCUUUGUCCUUCAAAGUUAUGCUGUGACUGUCUCACGGUUAGUGGAGUGUCCUUGGCAUGCAAUAGGUAUACAUAUUGUCAGUCACAGAGGGAGAGACCAUGGAGGAUAUUGAUCAAAUGUUAGGUACCAGGAGCUUUUCAGAUGCUUUCAGUGGAGCCUGUCUCCAGACACUGCACUGUCCAGACUGAGUCUCUAACAGCCUGACCUACGCUGGGAUUCAUCUGGCUUUGAUGUAACCUCUAGCCUUUUUUUAAGCACUUGCAAUACCAGAAAGAACUUGUCACAGUUCCGGCUCAUUAAUCACACAGUCUUAUGGACCCCAAACACUGGUCCACUAGGACCAAUGUAUUAAUGCUGCACGCCUGGUAUUUUCCACCUCUGUAUCUAUGCUAGAUCAGACUUGGGGGAACUGUUUGUGCAGCUCACGACCUGUGUCUUGAUGAUAUAUAUUUCCUGGACUCUGUGUGAUUCUCACCGUUUCUGAGGCUUGGACUACAGGACAACUUCUCCCAAAGAGUAGACAAGAGUUGACGUAAUCAAGCACUUUAUUUCUGAUCUUUAUAUCACAAACGAAAGUAGCUUGGGAUUUGAAUGAGCUGGGUUAGAGAGAAUUCUAGUUUCUAAAGGACUCCUUUCUCUCUAAAUGUGAAGGGAUUCAUAGCAUUGGAAGAGACAACAUCACCUCUGACCUUAUGGCCCUCCUGUCACUUUAGUCUCUGAGCCCCGUUCAGCCUUCCCUCACCUCCUUGGUGGUCUACUGGGCAAUCUGUCCUAUUCCUAUUCCGGUCAGCGUCCGUUGCUGAUGUCCCCGUAAACAAACUCUUAGAGCUGGUUCUGUCCUUCCACUUACGCUGCUCUGGUAACCGAUCAUGUUCCCUUCUCCCGGCCAGCCUUCUCUGUAACUUUCAUUUUGUCAUAGAACGUGAAUUAUUCUCCCGUGGGAGGCAUCUUCCGCCACUGUGUGCUAAUUUAAAGCAUCCUAUAGAGAACCAAACUCAAAUAAGUUACAGGAAGUGGCAAGUCUCUUCUUCAAAAAAGCGAACAAACUCCAUUCUUCAUUGAGACAGGAGCGGGUAGAGGAAUUAUUAUGGGCGAGAUGGGGCAAACUGUGACAACUUGGGAAGCACCCUAAUGAAAAUUAAAAUGUAAGUCUGGGGGAGAAUUGUUCUUCUCAAAAAUCCCAUUAAAUCUAGAUAGUCCUGCAGCAAGGAAUAGGGAUAGUUAAUGUUUUAGAGCAAAAUCCAGCUCAUUAUGUUAGGACACUUUUUUUUUUUUAACCAGUGAAACAAAUAGUCUGAGAAUAGCUGGUGGAAGGAUGUAGAGAUGCCAUCCUCGUGAAGAGGUACAUUCCUGAAUCUCUCGGACGAGUGGAAUGAAGAAAUGUCCAGGGAACUCAGAAUAUAUCCAGAAGGAAGCUUUACCCAUGAGGUGUUCAUGCCAAUUUUCGGCCUACAAAUACUUACAAAAGCAGAGGAAGGGUAGCAUAGGAGGAAGGGAGCGUACAGGGGGUCUAGAGGAGAGCACCCCUUCAUGUCACAAAGCCAGGAGCUGCACCUGCGUCUCUGGGACCCUCCCUGGUUACUGGUGUUGAUGGUAGCUUUGGGAAAGGGCAGGACCCAAAGCUGAUGACCUUUCAGGUGUCUGUCCCUUUAGUCCUUCACAGGGCGUGAACAUUCACUCAAACUCGGAGCUCGUUUUCUGGGCAUAAUUGGACUGAAGAGAGAAUUACACUUCUCAUUUUCCAUUUCCACUUGUAACCUGAGUUGCAGCAGGUUCAGAAGCACUUUCUGAGGGCCACCUUCCUGCCCUCGUGUGGACUGGGAGUUGUUUGAUGCAAUGCCGGAAAUACCAGGGCAGGUAACAGCCGUCCAGGGCAGCGCCAGGAAAGCCAGAGCCCCAUCGCGGCUGCCUUCAGCGGUGACUGUGCCCGCCCCAGGGUGAGGGAGGAGCCUGGAUGCCACCAUACCUGUGACUUCCCGGGUGUCCUCAGGGAGUCCGGCCACAGGUCCGCCCUGAGCCCAUCCUCAGGCUAUGCCCUUCAGACCACAGCACCCCGAGAGCCCCUGGUCAUCACCUGGGCAGAGAGGGAGUGACAGGAAGUCUAAGCCCCCGGGCUGUGGCUCCAUCCCCCUCCUUGUAUCAAGAGGCGCGUAGUCUCAGAGAUCUGCCAGGAGCGAAGCCUCAGGGGAAGCGGCCCCGGGAAUGGGAGUUUGCUGGGCUGCCGGCUGCUCUUAGAUAAGGAUGUUACCUGUUUCCAGAGGGGACAUUUUUUUUUUUUUGAAAAACAAAAACAUGCCUGCCUGAAACCUCAGUCUUAUACGGAACAGUCUUUGUAGUUACCGCCCAAUGUCAUUGUCACACUUUGUCAUUGAUCAUUUUCUUUUGAAAUCAAGGGCUAUUUUAAUGUUCCCUUUGGCUGUGACGUAGGACCAUCUGAAAAUCAGAGACUAGGCCACGAUGCUGCCUCUGCCUGAGAUGUGCUCUUAAUGCUUCCACAGAUUCACUCGAACAGCAUGACUACACCUAAUUUGGCCUCUUUGUCAUGCUUGUGCCCCUGCCCAACACACA